CUUACUACGUACGACUUUCUUUAUCCUAUUUUCUCUUUUUUCUUUUUCCUCCUGCUAAAAUUAAACAACAAAAAUAAGAGAAGGGUGGAGACGACGAAGAACAAUCAAAAUCAAUCUCUUGCGAUUUUCCACGCCUUCAGAUAGUUUCCUCUCAAUUCCAUGGAAAUCGAGGGCUCCAGCUCGACUCCUGAUGAUUCAGUAAACCGCGUCGUCUUAGAUAGCAUCCGAGUCAAGCGGAAGACGUUGCAGAAUCUGCUCGAAGAUUGCCAGCGAGCUCUCGAGCUGCUCAAUCUCGCCGAAACAGGUCCUGGCGGCGAUGGAAUCGAAGCCAGUGGUUCCCAGGAGGAGGAUAAUAGCGACUCGCCGGAGAGGGAAGAAGAGUUUUCUUCUUCUUCCGAUCAAGGAGAUCCUGAAACCGAUAAAUUGUAUGAUCUCAUCAAAUCUAGAGUCGAAGGUCAUGACUUUCGGGAAAAGAUUGAGUUAGCUCAAGUUUCUCUCCUCCAAGAUCUUCCUGAUGGUAGCACUUGGGAUGUAGUUAGUGAAGAUGAUGUAUGGGGUGAGGGUGAAACAGAAGAUGAUUAUGUUCUUGUUAGAGAAGAAGAUAUAGCUGACGGUAUCGCUUGUUUCAUGGCUACUUAUUUAUCUUCCCUUAAGCAGACCAAGGAUAUAUCACCUGAUCAGCUUCAGAAAGCACUUAGCACGAUGUUUUCAGUGAAGAAGCGAAAGGGGAAUCUUCGUAAAGCAUGGGAAGGAAGUAAAGUUAUUUACAACGUUGCAUCCUGGAGCGCAACUGCCAUAGGGAUAUAUCAAAACCCAAUGAUCUUGAGUAUUGCAUCCAAAGCCUUCUGGGUGUCUUGCAAGGCCAUAUCAAAGCUUGUCUGAAACCUGAAUUGGAACACCCAUCUCACUCACAUUGGUGCUCAUAAGUUGCAACAUCCUCAACUCAGCAAAUGUUUUAUAUCUUUCUGAUUUAUCUGUACAUAUGCCAUUUGUUUGUUUGCCUCUUCCUCUCUGUGAUGUUAUCCUCAGCAUUCAAUGUUAAAGAUUAGUUUGAUCUCAAUUCAAUAUAUGCUUGUUUCUGAA